GUUCAGGCUAAAAAAAAAAAAAAAAAAGGGGGGGGGAGCUGGAAAAAAGAACCUGCUGGGAGUCUGCCACAUGAAUGCCUUGAGUUGUAUCCCACGUGCAGAUAAAAGAGACUCCCAGACACCAGAGAUAUUCUUCCAUUUAUCCUCCUGAUCGUCAUGCAGACUUUCCAGGGAACUAGAAGCGUCCCCUGGGCAUCCAGCCCCAUAGCCCUGAACCCCCAUAGAACAAGCCCAGGGACUGAUUGCAACAGAAUCUCCCGUUACCGUGUCACAGGAGGGUAACCAAGGCGAUGGGCAACAAUGGAGAACCUGAGAUGAAGGAAGGCCACAAAGGAGCCUCUAGAAGCUCUUGGGCAGAGUAGGAGAAAGGAAGGCGAACAUGAUCAAUCUAUGCAGAGAUGUCCAGGAAUGCACCCUCCCCAGCUGGAAGGUGGAGCCGAAGUACUCAACCAAAGUGCUAAUUGGAAACUGGGGAGAGGAGAGAAGAAGGUUUGUCCGCGAUAACGAGGGGACUGGUCAAAGUACCUUCAAACAAGAUUUCAUCCCUUUCCCUACCGGGACACCGGACCGAACUGUGAUGCGGAGGCUUAUGAAGCGGCUGGAAGGCCUGCCAAGAAAGUAUAUCUUGACCCAUUGUGAAGAAGCCAGGCAUCAGCAUCUGGUCUCGCAGUAUGACGAUCAAUACAACAGGCACGGCCACAACCCCCACCUGCCUCCACUCCGCACAUGGGACAGGCACAAACUGGCCUGGAUGCCAGAGAAAUCGGACUACCCCCUCGUUGAGCCCCCAACCAGCUACGGACUUUUGGAGCACUUGAUGAAAACCUGGCACAGUAAAGAGCCGGAAGUGGGCAAGAGCAUCUACCACAGUUCCUACACCAAGCCUCCUGCCUCAGCAUACGCCCCCCGCCAGCGGCCAGACACCAGGCGCAUCCUGGAGCAGAGCCGCAAGCAGUGGCUGCUCAGAAGCCUGGAUGCCCCUGCCUGAGAAGGGCAGAAG